CCCCGGGGGGAACUCGCACGUUUAAACGGGUUUCCACAGUGGAGCCCUCUCCUAGGGGAUUAAAGAGUUGACCCUUCAAAGAGCGCAGUUUGGAAGAGAGCUUCGGGCAGCCCCAGACCUGGGGGUCAGGCAGGCAUCGAAUUAUCAAAAUGAAGGGCAUGAUCCUUCCUCCCACUGAAUGCCAUUGGCCAAGGUUUUCCGAAGUGACUGGUGAUACCAGUUUUGGGGUGGCUGACUUGAGACACCUUCAAGAGGCCUGAUGUGAAAGUGGACGGGUGCUCAGUCAUGACUGAAAAUCAGAUCUCCCUCUAAUGUGUGUAAUGGGCCUAAUUUGGGCACCCAAAUUUACUAGCCACUUUUGAAACCUUGCCCGUUGACUUUAAGAAGAGCAGAAUCUGGCCUUAAUUUGGUACACUUGAGAAAAACCACUGGAGGUUAAGAAGAGAAGAAACCCCUCACUGUUGUCUAGAAUGAAUGAUGGGAGAGAAUCCCGAUUGGUUUAUUAUUACCAAUGUUAUUACACGAGCAGGGGUAGCCCCUGUCUGAGACAGGGAGGACUCUUGUAAGAAUUUAGGAGUCAUGUGCCUUGUUUGUUUAAUAAAAAGCAGAGAAAAGAGGAUCCUUGAGAUCUUUUGUUUGCUGCUGGAUGCUUCUUUGAGACAAUUUUGAUUGUAAUGUUUCCUGGGGGGGCCAGAGAGGCGGGCUCUUCCUUGCGCUCCAGGUGUUUGUGUAUUUGGAAGAAGCGAGAAGCAAAGUUAAUGAGGUUGCUGUGCUCCAAGAAGGAACCACAUCUAAACUGAAGGAAAUACAUUGUUCAGAAAUUCGGGAAGAUUCCCCUUUAAAGAGUUGAUUUCCUUCUGAAAGCGGGUGGCUGUGGAAAAAUGAAGCUGAGUCUUGCAAUAUUUCUGUCUUUCAUUUUACAGACUGGGAUUUGCUCUGGAAUAAAAUGGCUAGCUUUGUCCAAGACUCCCUCCGUCCUUGCUCUGAAUCAGACCCAGCACUGCAAGCAGCUGGAAGGUCUGGUAGUGUCUCAAGUGCAGCUGUGCCGCAGCAACCUGGAGCUCAUGCAAACCAUCAUCCAGGCGGCCCGGGAAGUGAUAAAGACGUGCCGCAGAACUUUCUCCGACAUGCGGUGGAACUGCUCCUCCAUUGAGCUGGCCCCCAACUACCUGCUGGAUUUGGAGCGAGGCACAAGGGAGUCAGCAUUUGUGUAUGCCCUCUCUGCUGCAGCAAUCAGCCACACCAUCGCCAGGGCCUGCACCACCGGGGACCUCCCUGGCUGCUCCUGCGGCCCCAUCCCAGGUGAGACACCUGGACCUGGGUAUCGAUGGGGAGGAUGUGCUGACAACCUCAACUAUGGUCUUGUCAUGGGGUCCAAAUUUUCAGAUGCUCCCAUGAAGAUGAAAAAAUCAGGAUCACAAGCCCAUAAGCUGAUGCACCUGCACAACAGUGAAGUAGGGAGACAGGCCCUGAAAGCCUCUCUUGAAAUGAAAUGUAAGUGUCAUGGAGUUUCUGGUUCCUGUUCUAUCAAGACCUGCUGGAAGGGUCUUCAAGAACUGAGAGACAUUGCACAGGACCUCAAAAACAAGUACUUGUCAGCCACAAAGGUGGUACACCGACCCAUGGGCACACGCAAGCAAUUAGUACCAAAGGAUAUUGACAUCAGGCCAGUUAAAGAGACAGAGCUGAUUUACCUGCAGAGCUCGCCUGACUUCUGCAUGAAGAAUGAAAAAGUGGGGUCACACGGGACACAAGACAGGCAAUGCAACAAAACCUCCAACGGCAGCGACAGCUGCGAUCUGAUGUGCUGUGGCCGAGGCUACAACCCGUACAUGGACAAAGUGGUGGAGCGGUGCCACUGCAAAUACCACUGGUGCUGCUACGUGACCUGUAAAAAAUGCGAGAGGACUGUUGAAAGAUACGUGUGCAAAUGAAACAUCUCCCACGCGGUCAAAAAGCUUAGAUGCCAAUGGCCCCAAAGCACUGUUCAUAGAAGAGGAAACCUUUCCUGGACUAGACAUCGUUUAUCUUGCAAAGACAUGGACUUGGAGAUGAUAUAAAGAGAAUUCCAUUACAACAGUAAAAAUAACCUUGUUUUUUAAAAUGUAAAAAGGGGAAGGUUUUCCCACCAAUCAAAUUCUUGCUGAGAAGACAAGAGGCUUAAACCAAAACUCAUUUUGGAUCAUACCUUCUUGCAAAAACAUGCCUUACGUUGCCAACAAUGUCCAGCUCUCAAGUGCCUUUAGUACUGUAAGAAACAAAGAGACACUUUCCUGGGGAGGAAGAACAGCUCUGGCUGAAAAUAAUGCAGGCUAACGUCUGCUCUUGCAUCCUACCACAAAGGGCUUGGAUUCUCCAGUAGCCUACAGGACAAUCCCUGACAAGGGAUGCACUAUAACUUCAAAGCAAUCAUUGUAUUUGUUUCCAAAGGCUAAAUUUUCAGGACGGGAGAAUCCACUCAGCAUGAUAAAGCCAGAAACAUUCCUGGUUCUGCCCCUGAAACGAAAAGACAUGUAAAUCAAUUUAACCCUUUUUUUUUUUUGUCCAGGGCUGAGACUAAAGUUAUUGUUCUACCGAAGGACUGGAGGUCUUGUCCCUACUUAGCGUAGGCUGCCAGGGUGUCAAAUUCAAGUAUUCACAAACAUGUACUGAACCCCAGUGUCAAUGUAAUCCCGGUGUAGUGAGACGAGCCCACUGGACACAGGGGCUGAGUGACCAGAGAGCAGCUAUGGGACGUAACGAAAUAUACAGUGAAGUCAAAGUAAAAUGGAAAGUCGACUCCUGUAUCCUUUUCCUCUCUCUCUUGACCAUUGGAUGUUACUCCCUAGUUCACUGUUGCUCCGAUGCCUUGUCCCAUCCAGGCCUAACAUAAAUAUGGCACCAUCCCUCCUCCCUCAACAAAGCUAUAAACUCAGAGCCAAGAAAUUGCCAAGACACCAGCAGUGCGGGAGGUGUGUUUACAUCUUUAGAAAUUCCAGACAAGGCGAGAUGUCAGCUAUUCUAAGCAGACCUAGCCGGAGUAUGUGAAUGAAAUGUAUGGUCCUGCCGUGACAACAGCACAGAACCACUAUCUGUGGAUGUACAUAUUUUAUUUUGUAUGCAGAACAUCCAGAAAUAUUUAUAAAAUAUAUCUUGUGCUUUUCUCUAUUCUACUUUAUAUAUAAAUAUAUCUAUUAUAAACAAGCUUAACAAUAGUAUGAAAUAAAUGCUGAAAUUACUCAACAGUGCAAAGAAAA